CCGCCGCGCCCCACGCGCUCAGGCGGCUCCCGGCGUGCUGCGCGCGGAUGCGGCCAUGUUGAGGGGCAAUGUUCCACAGCAGCACGCAGCGCCGGCACUGGAUCUUCCAUGGCGAGGAGGAACUGGCGCGGCGCCGCGCUGAGGGGAACCGCCGGGCCCGAGCCAGGGCGGCGGCCAGCGGGAAGGUGCCGCAGGGCGACCCGGUGCUGCUGGAGCCGCAUGAGGAGCUGGCGCUAUGCAAGUACUACGAGAAGAGGCUGCUGGACUUCUGCGCCGCAUUCAAACCCGCGAUGCCGCGGUCCGUUGUGGGAACAGCUUGCAUGUAUUUCAAACGUUUUUACCUCAAUAACUCAGUGAUGGAGCAUCAUCCUCGGAUAAUAAUGCUAACAUGCACAUUUUUGGCCUGUAAAGUAGAUGAAUUUAAUGUAUCCAGUGCACAGUUUGUUGGUAACCUUCGAGAAAGUCCUGUUGGACAGGAAAAAGUUCUUGAACAAAUACUGGAAUAUGAACUGCUACUUAUUCAGCAACUGAACUUCCAUCUCAUCAUUCACAAUCCAUACAGGCCAUUUGAGGGAUUUCUAAUUGAUAUUAAGACUCGCUAUCCAGUGCUGGAAAAUCCUGAAGUUUUGAGGAAAACAGCUGAUGACUUCCUUAACCGAGUGGCUCUGACAGAUGCGUAUCUGCUCUUUACUCCCUCACAGAUUGCUCUCACUGCCAUAUUAUCUAGUGGCUCAAGAGCAGGAAUUAAUAUGGAAAGCUAUUUAUCAGAAAGUCUUAUGCUGAAAGAGGACAGAUCAAUCUUAUCCAGAUUACUAGAUGAAAUGAAAUGCAUGAAAAAUCUCAUUAAAAAAUAUGAACUGCCAAGGCCUGAAGAGAUUGCUGCUCUAAAACAGAAGUUAGAGAAGUGUCACAGCUUGGACCUCUCAUUUAAUACAAACCCGAAGAAGAGGAAAGGUUAUGAAGAUGAUGAAUAUGUCACAAAGAAAUGUAAAAUGGAUGAGUUCACACAUCACUGGGAAUGUGACAGGGUGUGCUAUUUUUGGCAAAAGCAAGAAGGAAGUGAUACUGGUGAGAGUUGUCAUGUUGGGCGUGCUGGAUCCAUGCAGAAUUCAGGCAUGUGUUUUGUGAUGGUACUGCAAUUUGUAGUGCUGGAAGGAUUCUUACUACAAGACCUGGUAUUGCUCUGCCUUUGAGCUGACCAGAAACCUACAGCAUUCCAAGACUCGAACCCUCUAAAUGAAGGGAAGAGCCAUCCAUUAGGAGCUUUUUUUUUAAUCUAAAUGAGAGAAAAUCAACAAAAUUCAGCAAAAUCUACUAUUACCUAUCAAGUUACUCAUUAAACCGAUGAUAAAUCAAUAAUGCUGUAAUUAAAACGGCAGAAUAAUCCAACACGUAUUUUCAAACCAACAGUUAGCCAAAACCUCAUGUAAAACCUGUCAUUUAAAGAAAUCUGAUGUAUCAUAAUAUACAGAAGUUGCUAUUUAAUCAGAAAAGGAUGACAUCUGGAACCUACCCAAAUGCCACACUUUUUAAGUAUUCUGAGAUGUCUUCUAGGGCGUUUCUAAAAGAUUAAUUCAGGAUGCUUACCAUAUUUUUUUCAUCUCACUUCUAAAAAUUAAUUAUUUCAUUUAAAAUACAUAUAUAUAAAACAUGAGAACCUAAUUCCUGUUACAACAAUCACACCCACAAAAUAGUCACGUGUUAUAAGGAUACAAUGACAGCAUUUCACUUUCAAACUAAAAUAUGUAGAAUGCACACAGUGAAGCUUUUGCCAGUGCUAACUGAAAUUCAUGCUAGUAUUACUUCUUUAAAGAAAAAUUACUUUCAAUAACUGAUCAAAACCAUGUAAUAAGUUAUAUAUAAAAACUUUUGGUUUAAAAA